AUGGGUGUUCACGAGGCUGAAACGGUCCACAUGCUUUCUAAGCAAGAGCUGCUGGCGGAGCAGAUCAAGGAACUGCAGCAUAACUACAAGGCCAAGCCGCAUCUUGAGUACACUACUAUUCGCGCUGUCAACGGUCCGUUGGUCAUUCUGGGAGACGUGCGCCUGCCGACGUUCGCGGAGAUUGUGAACAUCGAGCUGUCUGACGGCACGAUGCGCCGUGGCAAGGUGCUGGAGGUGGACGGCAACAAGGCUGUCGUGCAGGUGUUCGAAGGGACCUCCGGUAUCGACGUGCUGCACUCCAAGUGCGAGUUCACUGGCAAAGUCAUGGAGCUUGGCGUCAGCGAGGACAUGCUGGGCCGCGUCUUUAACGGCUCCGGCAUCCCUAUCGACAACGGCCCGCCGGUACUUCCUGAGCAGUACCGCGACAUUCAGGGCAUCCCCAUCAACCCGCGUGCACGUGUGUACCCGGAGGAGAUGAUCCAGACAGGCAUCUCGUCCAUAGACAUCAUGACNUCCAUCUCGCGUGGGCAGAAAAUUCCGCUCUUCUCUGGCGCCGGUCUCCCGCACAACGAGAUCGCUGCUCAGAUUGUGCGGCAGGCCGGUCUCGUGAGGAAGGAAGGCAAACAAGAGGACUUCUGUAUUGUCUUCGCGGCGAUGGGCGUGAACCAGGAGACAGCACGCUUCUUCCGUACUGAGUUUGAGGAGAACGGCUCGAUGGAAAAGACUGUGCUCUUCAUGAACCUGGCGAAUGACCCGACGAUUGAGCGCAUUGUCACGCCGCGUCUUGCCCUCACCACCGCCGAGUACCUUGCGUACGACUGCGGCAAGCACGUGCUCGUCAUUCUCACCGACAUGAGCUCCUACGCUGACGCGCUGCGCGAGGUCUCUGCGGCGCGUGAGGAGGUGCCCGGGCGGCGUGGCUUCCCUGGCUACAUGUACACCGACUUAGCGAGCAUCUACGAGCGUGCUGGCCGUGUGCUGGGCCGCGCCGGCUCCAUCACGCAGAUCCCAAUUCUCACGAUGCCGAAUGACGACAUCACGCACCCCAUUCCUGAUCUCACUGGCUACAUUACGGAGGGACAGAUUUACAUCGACCGCCAACUGCACAACCGCCAGCUGUACCCGCCCAUCAACAUCCUGCCGUCGCUGAGCCGUCUGAUGAAGAACGCCAUUGGCGAGGGCAUGACACGCAAGGACCACGGCGGCGUCAGCAACCAGAUGUACGCUGCGUACGCUAUCAGCCGUGACAUUUUGGCCAUGAAGGCUGUUGUUGGUGAGGAGGCGCUGAGCAGUGAAGACCUGCUCCACCUGGAGUUCCUCGAGAAGUUCGAGAAAAAGUUCAUCUGCCAGGGCUUUUACGAGGCACGCGAUGUGUUCCAGAGUCUCGACCUCUGCUGGCAGCUUCUCCGCACAUUCCCCAAGGUGCUGCUCAACAAGAUUGAUGUGAAGACCCGCAAUGAGUUCUAUGACCGCCAGCCCGAGCGGUUGUAG